GCAUGGCGGCGCCCGCGGCCUGAGUGGCGCCAUGUUCGCCAAGGCGCUCCGGGUGCGGGCCAGCUCCGCCGUCAAGGGCUCGGACCGGAGGAAACUACGAGCCGAGGUUGCAGCAGCUUUUCCUGACCUCAGUCCUGAACAACUCGCAGAGUUUAUUCCAAACAAAGAGGAGCUUAACGUCAUCAAAAUAUACAGUCACAAAGGCGAGGCCGUUACUGUUUAUACAAACAGCAAGAAUCCAAUUCUGUUUGAAGUUGAAAAAGCUCUGUAUCCAACAGUGUAUACUCUGUGGGCCUUUCCGGAUCUUCUCCCUGCUUUUGCAACAUGGCCCCCAGUGCUACAGAAACUGGCAGGAGGAGCAGAUCUGAUGCUGCCAGGGGUUGCAGUGCCAUCUUCUGGCUUCCCUCGUGUCGAGCGGGGCACGCUCUGUGCCGUCACCCUCUUGGGAAACAGAGCUCCAGUAGCAGUUGGAGUUGCCAAUAUGUCCACCACGGAGAUGCUUGCUGCUGGAAUGAAAGGGAAGGGGUUUGCUAUAUUGCAUACUUACAUGGAUUAUCUCUGGGAAUUAGGUGACAAAUCUUCUCCUCCUACCUUAGCUCCUUCGGUAGCAGAUCCUGCUGUAAAGGAGAGUGCUGAAGAUGAGGAAGAGCAGGAGCCCGUGAUCAGCUGCACGGCUGACCCGUUGCAGCAGGUGGGCAUUGCAGAUCUGAGCCUGAAGGAGCAAGAUGGUUGUGCAAGAGUGAUGGGAAAAGAAGAACUCAAUGAGAACGGAGCUCCAGAAAGACCUGGAGAUGACAGUGCAGAGGUUCAGCAGGAAGCUGAGGACAGCAGGACCCCACAAGAGCAAAUGGAUGCAUUAUUUAGCCAGUGCUUUUUUCAUGCUUUAAAAUGCAAAGUAAAGAAGUCAGAUCUCCCUCUACUGACCAGCACAUUCCUACGCAGCCAUAUGUUCUCAUGCUGCCCUGCUGGACAACAGCUGGACAUAAAGAAAUCAAGCUAUAAGAAGUUCUCCAAAUUCCUGCAAUGUAUGCAGCAUCAGAAGGUCUUGCAAGUGAAGGAGCUGAGCAAAGGUGUGGAGAGCAUUGUGGAAGUGGACUGGAAACAUCCAGACAUUAAGGCAUUUACAGUACCCGAAGGAUUUUCUUCGGCCACUGCUGCCCAAGAGAGCAAGACUGAAGACAGAGGACAAUCUUACCAUGCUCCUGAAAUCAUACCGCUCUAUGGGGUCUCGGCAAAAAUGACCCCACUCUUCCAGGAAUCUGGACACAGAAAAGGCAGCAUCCUGUCAAGCAGUGAGGUGAGAAACAUCAUCAUUAACUAUGUGAAGGCUAAUGAGCUGGUCGAUGAAACAAACAAAAACUUUGUAAAGGUGAAUGCCAUUUUGUGUGACUGCCUGUUAGAUAAAUCAGAACAAGAUGAAAUCACAAACCUUAAAUGGGAUGACCUCCUGAGCAGAUGUUUUGAACGACUGCAGCCCUUAUACCAGGUGACAUUUUUUGGACAAGAACCCAUUGUGAGGAAAGGAAACAUUGAGCCCAUCAGCAUAACCAUAGCGCAGAGAUCCUCAAAUAAGAAGGUGACAGUUAUCAAGAACCUUGAGCUCUAUGGUCUAGACCCACAGUGUGUUGCCAACAUCCUGCAACAGAGGGUACAGGCCAGCGCCACGAUCACCCCAGUACCAGGAACAAAAGACAGAGUUCAGGUGCAGAUCCAAGGCAAUCAAAUCCACCAUCUGGCCAAGAUGCUGCUAGAAGAAUACCAGCUACCUCGGAAAUAUAUUCAAGGCCUUGAGAAGGCGCCAAAGCCUGGCCGGAAGAAGUAGGAGAAAAACCUAGUGUAAUCAGAUGUCAUUAUUUAUAAAAGUGUUGUGCCUACAGAUCAAGGAUAAUAUGGUCCCAUUCGUGCAAAGAUGAGUCGUGGACUUUUUGUAAUGUCUGGAAUUAAUCCCAUUAAUAAUAUUGCUC